ACAACUACGCCCUGCCCUGGCCCCACUAGUGUUGCUGUAUCCUUGUGCUCGUCCACACGUCUCUGUUCCUCUUUCAUUAUUCACCGUGAAGAAUAAAACUUAUGCUACUCACACGUUGCAUAACUGCAUAAUGAGAGUGUAUGGGAUAAUUUAAAUCGUAGAUAUUUUGUGUUUUCUGAGUAAUUAUAAUAGACAUGUACUCCCAGCAUCACAGCUGAAAGGACAUCCGACUUAAUAUCCAUCUCAGAAUCUUGUCACAGUGGUCGCGAACUCUGAUGAACAAAUAACUAUAACUUUUAGUUUUGUGAUAAUAGAAAACUGAAUAGCAACAGAAAGACACCAACCGGUCAUGAAAAUCGAGGUGAUAUUUCAGAUUCUCGUGCAUGGCGCUUGUUUAUAUGUUAGGAACGAGGCUACGCAUAAAGUGAAUCGCAAUAAUGGUUAUAUUAUUAUUAACCAAAAUCACCUACAAAAAUGCAAAUCCUACACUGACAUUUUGAGACUAAUGGAAGAUACACAUAGAGAUCUUUACAACCUUCACACAAACUCCACCAACAACGACAUGAAAACAAACAUAGCCAGAAAUCACCGUCGUUUAAAUAACAGAGCCGCGCAAUGGAUUAGGAAGUUUCAAAGUCAACUUCUACGGAUAGAGAAACUCUGUAACUUAACUGAGCCGCUGGACCAUAUCUUAGAAAAACAACAUAACGUCAUGAACCCCAGUAGCACCCGUUCACAGUUAACAAGGAAGUACUUCCCUUGCGUGAGGGCUAGCAACACGUUGGGUAAUUUUCACAAGCGGAACUACAAGAUGCGGGUGAGUGUGUUGGCCUCAGAGCUUUUAAGGGUGGUAUCCAGAAGCCGAGGAGCAACUGUACCUGAAGGAGAAACCAAGACGUUGUUACUGAAGGUGCUUCGUCUUAAACAACAGAAACCUAGUACGCUACACCUUCAGGAUACAGGCGCGUGGAACAGGGUGAGCAGUGUGAAGAUGAGGAGCGUGGUAGAGGUAGGAGUGAAGGAGGUCGUUAGGGAAGUGCCACCCACUUUCCUGAGUGUGGCGCUGGGUCCGCGUCUCAUACAACACAACUGGUUCAACUUCAACCUAAGCUCUCCCCUGGUGUUGACCCUGACUCGCGCCCUCGCCCCCGCUAUCCUAAGGAUGGGAGGGUCAGCAGCCAAUUUCCUGACCUACGACCCCACAUUGCAGGACUUUUCCCCGCAUAGAAGAGACAACAGCGUCUCUUCUUUCUCACGUGACGACUUGGGGCCCGUGCAAGCCCCUCAACGUCCCCCUCCCGCGGCCAUCGCACCCCAGAAUGUGGAACUAGUCAGGGAGGUGACUGGUGGAGGCGUAAGUGUAGAAUCAAGUCUCCAUACCACAACACAGAGAGCCCCACAACCUGACCACACUUCCCAAAACAAUACACAUGACACCAAACACAGUGACCGCAUUCUUCCCACACAUCACACCCACCAUUCGAGCAGUACUCCCCACACACGUCUCUCUAACCUCAGUCACAGAACCCGUCACGAAAACUUCACACACAAGGAAAUUAACUCACUUUCCACAGACGACAGACACAGUGAGAAUAAGGGCAGGGGUAAUCUGUUCCCCACAGACUUCAACAGCCACAGUAACAGCCCGAGCAAUCAGUCAAACCAGGACCCCAUCACCAGCCAGCCAAGACGUUAUCCACGUGACGUUGCUGAAUGUUCUUGUAAGACUGACUACGGCACACCAACGUUCACCAACUUCACAAUGAGUGGUACAGACUGGAGGAAGCUGACGGACUUCGCCGAGACUGUGGGGAUGAGGUUACUGUUUGACCUGAAUCAGUUCUACCGGGACGAAGAUGGUGGGUGGAAUCCUUCUAACGCCAGGCUGCUGAUGCGAGACGCGGCCGCUAGAGGCGCUCACAUUCUGUGGCAACUGGGGAAUGAACCCAACGCCUACAAACACAAGUUCGGGUUCAGCAUCACAGGACAAAGGUCGGCCCAGGACUACGAUCAACUACAGGACGAGUUGAGCCACUACUUUCUCCCCGCCCACUCUGUCCCUAUAGUAGGUCCUGACGUCACCAGGCCCAAGAGACGCGGCUACACCGACAAACUUAGUGAUGGCCUGAGAACAUUCUCCGUGGACUUCCUGAGAGAGUUCCUGAGCAACACGAGGACCAACUUGACAGCUGUGACGUGGCAUCAGUACUACAUGGACGGCAGGACAGCAGGUGUGAAGGACUUCCUCUCCCCUGAUGUCCUGGACCAGCUGGUGUGGCAGGUAGCCCAGAUGGUGACUGUCAAGAACCAGCUGGCGCUCGGUGCUCCUCUCUGGCUGAGUAAGAAUCUUACAGAUGGUGUCCUACAUGUUAUGUCCUACAGGUGAUGUCCUGCAGGUGGUGUCCUACAGGUGGUAUCCUACAUGUUAUGUCCUACAGGUGUUGUCCUUCAGGUGAUGUCAUAAAAUGUCCUACAAUUCUUAGCAUCUUGACCUGUCUUGACAGCUGGGACGGGAUCAAGGGGGUCAAUUGAGUAACUUCAUUCUCUAAAAUCCAAAAAUACCUGACAUCUUGACCUUCAGAUUCAAAUUUAGCCCCACGGAGCGCGGGGGCUAGUUUAUUGAACAACCCCUUUGAUCCUUUGUGAAAUGAAGCUCAUAAACUUUACAGCACCCAAUUGGAGAGCAUGGGGAGUUCAUGAUUGCCUUCUUAAACUUAGAUGACCUCUCUUGACAGCUGACAUGGGGUCAAGGAGGUAUCAAAUAGUUAAUCUAAGCACUUUAGGCCAAAAUUCAAGCAUUCUUAUUAAU